AUGGCAACACCCACUGCGGCCCAGCAAAAGCCCAUUCACUCGCUUAUUUUGGAUACGGGCCCAUUGAUCAAGAACACAGUAUCGAUCUCUACUAUCAUCAACGCCGCGGAAGAACUAUGGACUACUCCUGCUAUUCUCUCCGAAAUCCGCGAUGAAGCCACACGGUCACGUGUACAGACAACAUUGAUCCCAUUUCUGAAGAUACGGAAUCCUCAGCCGGCAAGCUACGAUGCAGUCAUUGCGUUUAGCAAGAAGACAGGUGAUCAUGCGGUACUCAGUAGGCAGGAUUUGGGUAUCCUAGCCCUGGCUUACGAAGUGCACUGUGAGAGGAACGGUGGCGACUGGGGCCUGAGAGAAAUACCCAAAGGAGGAAUAAAGAGGAGGCCUGGAGAGAUUGAGCAGUCGAACGAGGAGAAAUCGCAGAGUGGGGGCCUUUCCACCUCAGCAAAGAAGCGCAAGAACAGGCGGAAGGCAGCCAACAAGACUACCGAAGAUACCGCUGAAGAUGCGAUGGAAGGCGUACAGAUCGAUUCCGGAUCUGUCGAACCAGACGACAUUGAUGAAGGCUGGGAGCAGCCUACAGGCAAGCGGGCGGCGAAGGCCAAAGCGCCCAAAUCUACUAAGUUUAACUUCAAGCCCGCAGCGGAGUUAGACAGCAGCCUGGAACAAGCCAAUGAAUCGGAGGAGCAGACCGCCCAAGCCGAAACAGACGAAGCAGAAGGUGGAAUAGCUGUCACUCAGGAGCAGGUCGAGGAGCAAGUACAUGAGCAGGUUGUUGCACAGGUUCAGGAUCAGGUUCACGAGCAGGUGCAUGACCAGAUUCACGAGCAACUUGAGAAACAGGGCGAGGGAGAGCUCGAGUCUCAAGCUGUAGAGCAGGCGGAGGAAAAGAUCGAAGAGCAGGUUCAAGAGCAAGUUCAAGAACAGCUUCAAGAACAGGCUGGUGAGUUGGGGCUAAUCGACCAAUCGGCGGCGGUCGAGGUGCCCACCACUAACAUCCACAUCGAGCAGAAGGCAGAGCUCUCACUCGCGCCUGAGACCUCCAGCCAGCAGGAUCUACAAACCCAGCAAGUCAGCUCUGACGAAUCAAAACUGGCGCAGGAACUGGAGGACCUCUCGGUAUCCCAUCACGCCACUCAACAACCUACGCCCCCUACGACUGACGAUUCAGCUGCGGAGUCUGACUCUGAUGGCGACUGGAUUACUCCACAGAACCUUACAGAACACCAAGCCAAGGACGGAGCCAUCCAACCGCAAAUUCACACAACAGCCAAUCGCCAGCUGGACGUAGCAACCAUGACGAUCGAUUUUGCGAUGCAAAACGUAUUGCUCCAGAUGAAUCUCCAACUUCUCUCCACAAACAUGCAACGCAUCAAGAACGUCAACACCAAGGUUCUCCGGUGCCACGCCUGUUUCAACAUCGUCAAGCAAAUGGACAAGCAAUUCUGCCCCCGCUGUGGUCAAGCAACCCUACAAAGGGUUUCCUGCUCUACAAACGCCGCUGGAGAGUUCAAGAUCCACUUAGCCAAGAACUACCAGUACAACAAGCGUGGCGAUAAAUACAGCAUCCCCAAGCCCAUCGCCGGUACUGCAAACACAAAGUGGAGUCAUGGUCAGGGAGGAGGCAAAGGCGGCUGGGGUCGAGACCUCAUCCUUGCUGAAGACCAGAAGGAAUACACUAAGCGCGCUGAAGAGGACAAGAGGACCAGGACGAGGGACCUCAUGGAUGACAACUAUCUGCCGGGCAUUCUGACAGGCGAUCGGGGCAGAGCCGGUGGCAGAGUCAAGGUAGGCGCAGGCAAGAACGUCAAUGCGAAGAAGAGGACGUAG